CCGCUCUGAUCGGUCGGUGCGCCCCCUGCUGGGCGCGUGGAGGACCCGGUUCGGUUCGGCCUGACCUCUCAGGCUGCAGAACCAGCAGAACCGCUCAGUGGAACCGAACCGAUCACAGGUUCUGACGCUCCUGCUGGAUGUUCUGCUGGAUGUUCUGUUGGCUGUCUGCGCCAAGCCACGUGAUCACCUGUCACCUUUUCUUUUAAUUUGUUGUCAUGGAAACCGAAGAGGAAGAGAGAGAGAGAGAGGGAGGAAGAGCAUCCCCGCCCCCUCCCUCUGCGCCGCCGCCGCCGCACGCGCACCGGGCAGAACCGACCCGCGCGGAUCCACCGCCUGAUCCGUCCCGAAGCGGCAGCCUGUCGGUCCGGACCGUCCGAACCGGUCCGUGAGUGCCUCAGCGUGGGUGCGCGCGUGUGUGCGUGUGAUUGUGCGCGCGCAGGUGAGCCGGUUUGUUCUGCUGCUGUGGACCGGGGGAGCCGCUCUCCCCGCGCACCGACGUCUCUUUAAUGACCGGAUUUGUGUUCUGCUGCGCGAUGUACAUGGACCGAAGCAGCGCGAGCAGAGGCCCCGCCUCCUCCACCAGCCCCAGCCUGCUGGCCAAGUCUCUGUCUCUGGAGCCGUCCUGCUCGCCGUGCGGCCACCAGGCGGUGCUGGACGCCGACGCUCCCCUGCAGUCGGACCCUGACCCGGGGCCCGGUUCUGUGGAGGAAGGCGGGGAACCAGCUGAGAGCCGCGGGUCCGUCAACGACACGGGGCCGCCAGAACUGCCGGCGACGACAGCGGCGGCGACGAACCGGAUCCGUCCACCUGUGCCGGGUCCCAAACCUCAGGUCCCCCCAAAGCCCCCGCAUCUCCAGCAGCAAGCCGGACUGAUGAGGCCACGCCCCCGGCUGCCAGAGAAGCCCCUCCCACCGCCACCCCCCUGCAGACCCCUCCCCGCGGACCCCCGGGGCUGGACCCCGCCCGAUGGCACCGCCUCCCCCACCUGCGUCCUGUCCCUCAUAGAGAAGUUCGAGCGCGAGCAGAUCAUCGUGGUGCCCGACAUCACCGGGGGGGCGCUGUGCCCCCGCCCUCUGGACCCCCCCUCCUCCCGAUCUUCAUCACCACCGUCCUCUGCCUCACCUGCGCCUCCACAACCUGAGGGGGCGGAGCCACCGAGUGACUGCACAGGUCGUGAUGACAUCACACACGGGGUUGAAGGGGAGCUGUGUGACGACGAUGAAGACGAUGAGGAUGAAGAGCUGGUGGCAGCGUGUCGUGAUGAAGGCCAUCAGAAGCGUCUGUCCAUGGAGUCGGGCUACAGCGCCUCCGAGAAGCACCUGGAGGACGAUGCGGUGGCGGCGGAGGAUCAGCAGCCCCAGCUGCUGGUCGACCAAUCAGAGGUGCCCUCUGAGCGCCUGUCCCUCCCCUCUUCGCAGACCGAUGGAAAGCUGGCCAAUCGGGACAGCGGCAUCGACAGCAUCAGCUCGCCGUCGCACAGCGAGGAGCUCUGCUUCGCCAGCGUGGAGGAAGGGGGCGUGGUUUAUCCGUGCAGCCCCGCCCUCCUGCCCCGCCUCUCCAGCUCCUCCUCCAACGCCGGGGAGGGAGAGGAGGCCAGAGGAGGCGCGAGGAGGAGGAGGGAGUUCUCCGAGGAGGGAGACAGUGACCUGGAGGAGGAAGCGGAGUUGACGCUGGUUCUGGCCCCGCCCAAAGCUGACAGACAGGACUCUGUUGAGCUGUCUGUCCAUCAGAGGGUCUUCAACAUCGCCAACGAGCUGCUACUCACCGAGAUCGCCUACGUGUCAAAGCUCCACCUGCUGGACCAGGUGUUCUGUGCCAGACUGCUGGAGGAGGCCCGGUCCCGCUCCUCCUUCCCAUGCGACGUGGUCCAGGGCGUCUUCUCCAACAUCUGCUCCAUCUACUGCUUCCACCAGCAGUUCCUGCUGCCGGCGCUGCAGAAACGCAUGGAGGAGUGGGACUCCAGCCCACGCAUUGGGGACAUCCUCCAGAAGCUGGCUCCCUUCCUGAAGAUGUACGGAGAGUACGUGAAGAACUUUGACCGAGCCAUGGAGCUGGUGAACAUCUGGAUGGAGAGAUCGGCUCAGUUCAAGGCCAUCAUUCAGGAGAUCCAGAGAGAGGAGCGCUGUGGGAACCUGACCCUGCAGCACCACAUGCUGGAACCCGUCCAGAGGAUCCCUCGCUACGAGCUGCUGCUGAAGGAUUACCUGAACCGGCUGCCUGAAGACGCCCCGGACUACCGGGACGCCCAGAAGUCUCUGGAGCUGAUCGCCACGGCUGCUGAACACUCCAACGCCGCCAUCAGGAAGAUGGAGCGAAUGAGGAAGUUGUUGAAGGUGUACGAGCUGCUGGGAGGAGAAGAAGACAUCGUUAACCCGACUAACGAGCUCAUCAAAGAAGGACACAUCCUCAAACUGUCCAAUAAGAACGGCACCACACAGGACCGAUACCUAAUCCUGUUCAACGACCGGCUGCUCUACUGCGUCCCAAAGCUGCGUCUGAUUGGUCAGAAGUACAGCGUCCGAGCUCGCAUCGAUGUGGACGGCAUGGAGCUGAAGGAGACGAGCAGCGUUGCGGUUCCCAGCAGAACGUUCCUGGUGUCUGGAAAACAGAGAUCCUUGGAGCUGCAGGCCAGGACGGAGGGAGAGAAGAAGGACUGGAUCCAGGCCAUCCAGGCCACCAUCCAGCGCCACGAGCAGACGAUGGAGAGCUGCAGACACCUGAGCUGCUGGCUGCGGGAGGACGAGUCCACGCCGCCUCACUCGCCGAGUUGUGUGGAGUUGGGGAAACGAGCGCCGACCCCCAUCAGGGAGAAGGAGGUGACGCUGUGCAUGAAGUGCCAGGAGCCGUUCAACUCCAUCACCAAGAGACGGCACCACUGCAAAGCCUGCGGACACGUGGUUUGUGGGAAAUGCUCAGAGUUUCGCGCCCGUUUGUCGUACGACAACAACCGGACCAACCGUGUGUGCGUGGACUGCUACGUGACUCUGGUGGGGGUGUCGCCGUCACCAGGGGGUCUGAGCAGCAGCACCCAGAGGAGGCGGUCCAUUCUGGAGCAGGCCUCGCUGGCUGCAGAGAACAGCGUGAUCUGCAGUUUCCUGCAUCACAUGGAGAGAGGAGGGGGGCGGGGCUGGCAGAAGGCCUGGUUCGUCAUACCUGAGAACGAGCCGCUGGUGCUCUACAUCUAUGGAGCUCCACAGGAUGUGAAGGCGCAGCGUAGCAUCCCUCUGAUUGGCUUCGAGGUCUCCCAGCCCGAGUCAUGUGAUCGCCUGGAACGACGACACGCCUUUAAGAUUUCUCAGAGUCACCUGACUCUGUUCUUCAGCGCAGACGGGGAGGAGCUACAGCGCAGGUGGAUGGACAUCCUGUCCAGGGCCGGCAGGGGGGAGGAGCCUCUGAUCCAUCAGCCAAUCGUGGAGAGUGUGGAGGAAGAAGAGGAGGAGCUUGGUGCCGAGGAAGGAGAGAACACCUGAUUUUACCGGAGCAACAAAGAAGAUGGUUGCAUCUGGAAAGUCUGUCCUGAUUGGAAAGCAGAAGUAAAAAAAUAAACCCAGGACAGCUGGAGUCUAUCUAGAACUAGUUCACAAUUAAUCCAAAGCUAAACCAGAAGUAACCAAGGAAAAAUUCAGAACCGGUCCACAAACAGCAGAAUGGCCAGAACAAACCUAGAACUAGUUCACAAUUUAUCCAAAAUCAAAGCAGAACUAAUAUCUCACAAAUUCAGAACUAAACAAACCCAGAAACACAACAGGACAGGAGCUGAUUCCCGUUUUAUCGUUUAGAACAAAUUCACAAACAAUCCAGGAUAGACAGAACAAAUCUAGAGUUUAUUCAGAAAAAUCUGACAACAGAAAUUCAGAAACAAACCACAACAUCAGAAUAAAUGUAGAUAUGAACUAUUACAGAACAAAUCUAAACCACUCGUGGAGAAGGAGGAGAACCGGAGCAAAACUGAACAUUUAACCAGAUCAGUGGAACAAGACCAAUUACAGAACACAUUGAAACAAAAAGAUACAAAAAACUAUAAAGAACCAAAUCAAGCAGAAGUCAUCUGGACCAAAUGAGGUUUUUAUGUUUUUAUGAAAGCAGCACAGUUCAGGUGAAGAAUCAUUCCCUAAGCAGCCGCUGAAGAUCUGCAGUUCUCUGGAUCCCGCCUGGAGAACUUUAACACGAAGCACACAGAACACACGCCUCAGACGCCACCCCCCCCCCCUCCCCUCCUUCACAUGAGCUUCCUCUGUGCUGCGCUCUAAAUUUCCCUGAAGUUCCAACAGAUUGCUGAGCUGAGGAGCUCAGAUCCCUCAGAUCAUCGCUGGACGUCUUCCCAGGAGGACCAGCUCACUGAUGUCCGUCCAUCUCAGGAUCCCCUCAGUCAACAUUUGCAUUUCCGGGACCUUAAUGUGGAGAGUUUUAAUAUUGAACAAGCAAUGAGCAUUUAGCCGGACCUUCACCAAUCAUCUCAGCUGAGGAGGAGUCCUGGCAACCUUCUCAACCCGAAGGUUUUCAGACCUUCACAGAAUUUCCUGUGGUGGAAAGAACUUCAUGUGUUUUAUAAACUGAGAUUACAAAAUAACAGCAGCAGAAACUGAAGGUCCUCUGACACGUUCCUGAGGACUGAAAGAAUUGGAAGUUUGCUUCAACAUCACCUCCUGGUUCUUAAAAACCAACGGCCUCCCAGAACCCGCACAGAACUGUAAAUCUGCCAAACACAGAAAGAAAGGAUUUAUCCUCCAAGAUCUGCAGCUUCUCCACAACCUGACAGAGAAAGGAACCCUAAACUUCCCCACAUGGACCUUUUUUACAUCAAAUUGAUCAAAGAUAAACAUUUAAAUCUUCAGUCUGUCAAUCUGUGGAGCUAAACUACAUUACCCAGCAUUCUCCACCCUUGACUGGGCCACUGCGUUGCCCUCUACUGGUGAGGUUGGGUACAGCCGGGUUCAAGGUUUCCAUCUUCUGUAUAUUUAUAUUUAUUUUCUGCAGAUCUCAGAGUUUCUUCCUUUACUUCAGUCUGACCAACUAUUAAAAACUACAUAAAACUGUUUAGAUAUUUAUUGUUGGAUGCGUGAGGGGAUAAAAAAAAUAAAAAAAUAAAGUCUA